UUUCUCUCCCUUUUCCCUGCGGAUUCUCUUCCUCUGGCAGCUAUGAAUUCCGCCGAACAGACCGUUACGUGGCUGAUUACCUUGGGGGUGCUGGAGUCGCCCAAAAAAACCAUUUCGGACCCGGAGGGCUUUUUGCAGUCGUCUCUGAAAGAUGGGGUGGUCCUCUGCAGGCUGCUGGACCGCCUGCUCCCUGGGACCAUAGAGAAAGUUUACCCGGAGCCCCGGAGCGAGAGCGAGUGUCUGAGCAACAUCCGCGAGUUCCUGAGAGGCUGCGGGUCUUCCCUCCGCCUGGAAACAUUUGAUGCAAAUGAUCUUUAUCAGGGACAGAACUUUAGCAAGGUUCUCAGCUCCUUAGUCACUCUGAAUAAAGUCACAGCAGACAUUGGGCUGGGAAGUGACUCUGUAUGUGCUCGGCCCUCAUCUCAUCGAAUAAAGUCCUUUGAUUCCCUUGGAUCUCAGUCUUUACUCAGUCGGACUUCAAAAUUGUUCCAGGGCCAGUAUCGAAGCUUGGACAUGACGGAUAAUAGCAACCAUCAACUGGUGGUGAGAGCAAAAUUUAAUUUCCAACAAACAAAUGAAGAUGAACUUUCUUUUACAAAAGGAGACAUCAUCCAUGUCACGAGAGUAGAAGAAGGGGGCUGGUGGGAGGGCACUCACAAUGGCAAAACAGGCUGGUUCCCUAGCAACUAUGUACGAGAAAUCAAAUCAAAUGAAAAGCCAGUGUCCCCCAAGUCAGGAGCAUUGAAGAGCCCUCCUAAAGGAUUUGAUACAUCUGCAAUUAACAAAAGCUAUUACAAUGUGGUGCUACAGAAUAUUUUAGAAACAGAAAAUGAAUAUUCUAAAGAACUACAGACUAUUCUUUCAACUUACCUGCGACCAUUACAGUCCAGUGAAAAGUUAAACUCAACAAAUAUUUUAUAUUUAAUGGGAAAUCUAGAAGAAAUAAGUUCUUUCCAACAAAUGCUUGUACAGUCUUUAGAAGAAUGCACCAAGUUGCCUGAAGCUCAGCAGAGAGUUGGAGGCUGCUUUCUAAAUCUGAUGCCACAAAUGAAAACUUUGUACCUUGCAUACUGUGCCAAUCACCCCUCAGCAGUAAAUGUUCUCACAGAACACAGUGAGGAUUUGGGAGAAUUUAUGGAGAUGAAAGGCGCCAGCAGUCCUGGGAUUCUUGUGUUGACCACAGGCCUCAGCAAACCUUUUAUGCGCUUGGAUAAAUACCCUACUUUACUCAAAGAACUUGAAAGACAUAUGGAGGAUUAUCAUCCAGAUCGGCAAGAUAUUCAAAAGUCUAUGACAGCCUUCAAAAAUCUUUCUGCACAGUGUCAAGAAGUACGAAAAAGGAAAGAACUUGAACUCCAGAUUCUGACAGAAGCAAUUCGUUGCUGGGAGGGAGAUGACAUUAAAACCUUGGGCAAUGUCAUAUACAUGUCCCAGGUCAUGAUUCAGUGUGCAGGAAAUGAGGAAAAGAAUGAAAGAUAUCUUCUACUCUUCCCUAACAUUUUGUUAAUGUUGUCUGCCAGCCCUAGGAUGAGCGGUUUUAUCUAUCAGGGAAAGCUACCCAUGACAGGCACGACAAUCACAAAGCUGGAAGACAGUGAAAACCACAAAAAUGCAUUUGAAAUAGCAGGAAGCAUGAUUGAGCGGAUAUUAGUAUCAUGCAACAACCAGCAGGAUCUUCAUGAAUGGGUGGAUCAUCUACAGAAGCAAACUAAAGUCACAACUAUUGGAAAUCCUACUAUUAAGCCUCAUUCUGUGCCAUCUCAUACUCUUCCUUCCCAUCCAAUCACACCAUCCAGCAAACAUUCAGACAGCAAGCCAGUGCCACUGACUCCUGCAUACCACACGCUCCCACACCCUUCACAUCAUGGGACUCCACACACCACAAUUAAUUGGGGACCUCUGGAGCCUCCUAAAACUCCCAAACCUUGGAGCCUGAGCUGCCUGCGACCUGCACCUCCUCUACGGCCUUCAGCUGCUCUCUGUUACAAAGAGGAUCUCAGUAAGAGCCCUAAGACCAUGAAAAAACUGCUACCCAAGCGCAAACCUGAACGGAAACCAUCUGAUGAGGAGUUUGCAUUGAGGAAAAGUACAGCUGCCUUGGAAGAAGAUGCCCAGAUUCUAAAAGUUAUUGAAGCGUAUUGCACAAGUGCCAAAACCCGCCAAACACUCAACUCAAGUUCCCGUAAAGAAUCUGCUCCCCAAGUUCUGCUUCCAGAAGAGGAGAAAAUUAUAGUGGAAGAAACUAAAAGUAACGGUCAGACUGUGAUAGAGGAAAAGAGUCUUGUUGACACAGUUUAUGCAUUAAAAGAUGAAGUCCAAGAAUUAAGACAGGAUAACAAAAAGAUGAAGAAAUCUUUAGAGGAAGAGCAGAGAGCACGCAAAGACCUGGAAAAGCUUGUAAGGAAAGUCUUAAAGAAUAUGAAUGAUCCUGCUUGGGAUGAAACCAAUUUAUAAUGAACUUGCCUUUUUUUCUUUCUAUUGAAAGACCAGUUAUUUAGACCAAGCUGGGGAUGCCUUCUGACAUGAGUCAGUGUUACAUCAAGCGCACUACAAAGCAGGAUUUAACCAGAUGGAAUGGUUAUCUUGCCUGUCAUGUGUAUAGAAAAGAUCUUGUUUAUCGUGUGUAUAGAAAUGAUGAAAUCAUUUAGUGAAGAGUCCAUAUGUGAUGAUAGAGACCAUGGUUCCCGCACUGCAUUGAAUUAAAUUUGUUAGCAUCUAAAUUACCUCAUUUUACAGAAAGUGCAGUGACUGACUAAAAGUUCAUGUUUCUCAUCAGUGACUUUUAAUUGAACAUAUAUAAAUAUAUACAUAUAUAUAUAUUUCUUGUAAAUAUCUAUAAUUUUUAAUGCAUACAUGGUUGCUGUAUCUGAGCUGACACCAUGCUAGAAUUUCCUUUCCUCUUAUCUUUAUGGUCACAAGAGUUAGAAGGCAUAUUCAUGCAUUCAUCUGAGUGGAAGAUAAGAAUGUCUAAAUCCUGUUCAUAGAUCAUCCUUUUUGUUCCAAGUUACCCUACUCACAUCACAAUAUGAAAAAUACAUUCUAUUCUAGUACACUUAAAUAAUUUAACCUUAUUUAUAUCUGUCCAAGCAUUAAAAUAGCUUAUAAGUCUUUGCUGAAAACAGUAUUAAAAAUCUUAAGGAUGCAGAAGUUCUGAGCCCAGGAUCAUUCCACUAUCUUAAGUGAAGAACCCAUGAUUCAUACAUUUAUUUGAGAAACUGACAUACUCCACAAAUGUGGCCAAUUAAAGAUAUAUGCAAUUGUCUCUUUUGUCUAAUUAUACUGUAUCAGUGAUUAUUUACUAUAUUUUUUGAGAUCACACACAGACUUUUAUGUAUAGCUUGUUAGCAACUUGAUGAAGUGCACUGUUUGUCCUCCCUACAAAAAGAGGAAUCUAAAACCAGAUUAUGUAAAUAAAAUGUAUUAUUUAUUAUACAAUCACUGCAGCCAACAAAAACAAAUAGAGGUAAUGUUAUGAGCUAACAUUCAUGGGUAGGGUUUCUUUAUUAGGCCAGUCCAAAUUCUAUGAGAUCUAUUUUUCCAUCAGGAUGCAGCAAAUGUUAGCACAAUGCUCUGUAGGAGAGGUUUUCCCUUCUCUGGCAAGUAUAAAGCAAUAUAUACAUGUUAUGCCCAGCCAACUGAAAGUUUUAAAUUUUAAAGUUUCCCUUUCUUUCUUCCCCUCCCAUUCUGCACACCCUCUGUAUAAACUGUAAAGCUAAUGGGGAAAUGGAAGUCUGGGAUUACAUUUGCUUUUCUAAGCCUUUCUGGCAGCCUCAGUCUUGCAUUUAAAAAUCUUACCAGUGGCUUGGAGUAGAUGAAAGCCCUGCUUAAAGCAUAGCCACUUUUCUGUUCUGCUUCAGUGAUGUAAGAUCUAUGAUCCCAGGAACUUCAAUGUUUCAUAUUUCACACAGAUUAUUUCCUUUUUUUUUUUCUGAUUCAGUCAGUUUUAAAAUGAAGUGAAUUUGAAUUGUUUCAUAGAGCAUGUACAAAAGUCUUUUUUUAAGAGGCAAAAACCUGCAAUGCUGUAUAGUAAGGACUCUUGGCAGAAGACUCAGAAAGGCCAGCUAGCCUCUGGCAUCUAAAGGGUAUCAAGUACAAAUUGUAGCCUGUACCCAGGAAGGUGAUUGAAUUUAGGAACUUUCUGAAUACUAGGCAUAAAAAAGGGGAUCAUUUCCCCCCUAAUAAUACCUGUAUUUUGAUAUACUAAUUCACUUUGAAAUGGCAACUUUAAAAGGAUUUGGAUCUCUCUGAUAAUUGUGGUUUCUUCUCAGCUUCAUCUUAUUAAAGGUUCUGGUCCUGAAUUUGUUUAAUUUAACUCAGUGGCGCAGUUGGUUUUCUUUUUAGAAACAUUAUACAAACAGAUCCUUUUAUGUGGUAUAGAAUCUGUCAUUGACCUAAUUGAUGAGAAAAUCCAGGGAUGGUGAAUAAGUGAAUUUUGACAUUCUGAUUCAGUAUUCAGAAUUUCCAACAUGCCGUAGUUCACAUGUAAUGCAGACAUGACAAGAUGAAAAAUUUCAGGUUUUUUAUUUAGGAAGUUUUCUUAAAGGUGGAUUUUGUUCCUUAAUUAUUUACAGUUGAAAGGACAUUGCAAAGGAAAACAGUACAAAGGAAGAAAGUAUUUAAGUUUGCCUUCUUUAGCAGAUUUUAACUCAGGAACAACUUUGAUCUGAUCUUCUCUCCAUCACUUUGUAAAAGGUGGUAUCGCUGUGUCUCUUUGCUGAGAGAUAUAACAUCUGUCCUAGCUGAAGAACUACUUUAGCUGACAGCAUAUGCCAGGAUAGAUCUCUUACAGAACAUGCCUUAAAUAGUAGAAUGAAGUAUUUAAUUCAAGUGUGAUGGUGUUUUUAAUGUCUCAUUCCUUCAUGUAGGGGAUGGUCAUUAAGAUGACUGUGUUAAUGCAUUGCUUUUUCUUUCUGUAGAUCCCAAACCUUGAAUUUAAUAAGUCAGGUUUUGGGAGAGCAGAGAAAAUGCAUCUUGAGUGUUUCUUUUUUUAAAUUUGUUCUUUUGUACAUAAUACUCUGUAUGUUUCACCGUGUGACCUUCUGAGGGGUUGGGAAUUUGAUAUAAACAUUAAAAAUGGGGCACUGUGUAUUUAACCUUUGAAAGGGUUACUUCUUUGCUCUCACCUUUUAUGGAUGAGGAGAUGAAGCCAUUUCUUAUCCUGUAGAUGUGAAGCACUUUCAGUUCUAAACUGUGUUUGAAAUGUAGCAUCUGAAAUUCUUUUUGGUGUACUUAAUGAUGUAUGUGCUUGUUUGUCUCACCAUGUGUCAUGACAUCCUGGACAUUAAACAACUGACUGCCUUUGUA